AUGGGGAAAGCCCAGGGAUAUCUGGGCUUUGAUGCGGAGGGAGCAGCCAUGGGCUACCCACUGCAGCUUCGAAAGCACCGGGGGGAGCAUAAGGACAGAGCAAGUUUCUUGACCUUGGGGCCUGGGUUCCAGCUAGUGGGGAGGGGUAGUGGGGGGAAGGGCGGGGGCAGUCCUCCCUCCCUCCCUCUGAGCCCUCCCUGUCCCUGGGCCCUCCUCCGCCCACAGUUCACAGAGGAGAAAUUCGGCCAGGCCGAGAAGACCGAGCUCGAUGCCAACUUUGAGAACCUCCUGGCCCGGGCGGACAGCACCAAGAACUGGACGGAGAAAAUCCUGCGGCAGACGGAGGUGCUCCUGCAGCCCAACCCCAGUGCCCGAGUGGAGGAGUUCCUGUACGAGAAGCUGGACAGGAAGGUGCCCUCGCGGGUCACCAACGGGGAGCUGCUGGCUCAGUACAUGGCGGAGGCGGCCAGCGAGCUGGGGCCCACCACCCCCUACGGGAAGACCCUGAUCAAGGUGUCAGAAGCUGAAAAGCGCCUGGGAGCCGCCGAGCGGGAUUUUAUCCACGCAGCCUCCAUCAACUUCCUCACGCCCCUGCGCAACUUCCUGGAAGGGGACUGGAAGACGAUCUCGAAGGAGAGGCGGCUCCUGCAAAACCGGCGUCUGGACCUGGAUGUCUGCAAAGCACGACUGAAGAAGGCCAAGGCCGCGGAAGCCAAAGCCGCGACGGUGCCUGACUUUCAGGAGACUAGACCUCGUAAUUACAUUCUCUCCGCCAGCGCCUCCGCGCUCUGGAAUGAUGAGGUGGACAAGUCUGAGCAGGAGCUCCGAGUGGCCCAGACAGAGUUUGACCGGCAGGCAGAGGUAACCCGCCUCCUGCUGGAGGGAAUCAGUAGCACCCACGUGAACCACCUUCGCUGCCUCCAGGAGUUCGUCGAGUCUCAGACAACUUACUAUGCGCAGUGCUACCGCCACAUGCUGGACUUACAGAAACAGCUGGGCAGCUCCCAGGGAGCCAUAUUUCCAGGCACCUUUGUGGGCACCACAGAGCCCGCCUCCCCGCCCCUCAGCAGCACCUCGCCCACCACCACUGCGGCCACCAUGCCUAUGGAGCCCUCCGUGGCCGGCCCAGCCCCUCCGGGGGAGGCUGCGCUCUGCCUGGAGGAGGUGGCUCCACCCGCCAGCGGAACCCGCAAGGCCCGUGUUCUCUACGACUACGAGGCAGCUGACAGCAGCGAGCUGGCCUUGCUGGCUGAUGAGCUCAUCACUGUCUACAGCCUGCCUGGCAUGGACCCUGACUGGCUCAUUGGCGAGAGAGGCAACAAGAAGGGCAAGGUCCCCGUCACCUACCUGGAGCUGCUCAGCUAAGCAGGACCCUCCCAGGCCCCUGCUUGUCUGGCCUGGGCAGGAGGAUGGUGCAGCCCUGCCAUUUGUCUUGUCUGUUGGUGACCGGGCUGCUCAGGGUGGGGAUUAGACUAAUCCCUUCCUGUCGCUACUCCUGGUCAUCAGCUGUGAGGGGCCCCAGAGGCUGAAUGUUCCCGGCCCCUCCCCCAGCCCUGCUUCUGGAGCCCCCACCUGCCUGUGUCCCCUGAGCACCCCAGCCUCCUGGCUCCUCUAAGGAGGGGGGGGCUGGCUGCAGCCGCCUCACUCAGCUCCUCAGCCUGUGGGGGGUCAGCGCAGAGGACUUGAAGAAGCCCUGGGGUUCACCUUUGGCAAGAGAGCACCUUUUAGUUGCCAAAAGCAGCGAGGGAGGGAGGAAGGGCAGGCGGGUCUGUGGCAGGCCCCAGGACUGGGCGUGGUCCCCUCUGGGUGACUGGAGCAGAGGGGAGCCUGGCCGGAGAGGCAGGGCUGGGCCAUGGAGCAGCACUGCCCGGUGCUACCCUCCCCUUCGUACCCUAGAGCUCAAGCCAAGUAUGGUGGCUGCAGCCUGCACCUCCCCACACUUUUUAACUGAUCUUUUUACUCUGCCUGUCUGCUUUGCUCCCUAGCCAGCAGCGAAUAAUAAACCGUUCUUCGUGUGCAUGUU